GGAAAAACGAACGGGACUGCGAAACAACCAAACAAACCCCCUCUCUCUCUCUCUCUCUCGUUUUGUUGUUCCUCUAUUCGAAACACCGACACUCGGCUCCAAACCCUAAUCACAUUAUUGAAUUCGAUCAUCAUCAAUCACAGUCCCCUCCGAUCUUCCAUCAAUGAGACGUGUUACGCGGUAGUUUUGUGGAGGAACUGUUGAUCAUAUGAAGUGCUUACUCGGUUCCGUAAUCGUUAAUUCAAAUGUACAGUUGUUAUUCCAUCUUCUUCGUACUGGUGCCGAGUUUUUUGGCGAAUUAACCAAGGUGAAUUGGGGCUGUUUGAUUGUAAGUGUUGUCAUUUUAUUGAAUUGGGUUGGUGGAGGAGAAGAAGGGAUAUCAUGGCUGAAGGAGAGGAGCACAUUGAACUUAAGUUCAGAAUCUAUGAUGGAACAGAUAUAGCUCAUACUACUUAUGCACCCUCUACUACUGUUGCUACUCUUAAGCAAAGGCUUGUUGCUGAGUGGCCUCAAGAUAAAUCAGUUGUACCUAAAUCUGUAAGUGAUUUGAAGCUGAUACAUGCUGGCAAAGUUUUGGAGAAUAUCAAGACACUUGAAGAAUCAAAAAUAAAUAUUGGUGACCUUCCCGGUGGAGUUAUUACCAUGCAUGUUGUGGUACAGCCUCCUGUUGCAAAAAAGAAGACAGACAAGAGCCAGGAGGAGAUGCAAAAGAAGAAUCCAUGCUCAUGCACCAUACUUUGAACUGGGAAGCAUAUGCUUUGCGACAGCCACAACAUGGUUCACAUUUUUGAUCUUCCUCUAUGUUGUAAUUGUUAUGUAACAUUCUAAAUGGCUUUCUAUAGUAUAGCAGGGUUACAUUUGUUACUUGUAAUUGCUUCUUCUUUUGUUUGUGGUGUUACUCAUUUUUCUAUGAGUGAAAUCGAGUUUCUAUCAUGAUUAUGAUUCUCUUCCAUUGUGGAGUGUGGUAGGGUUGACUGUUCUAUUCCUUUUGAGGUGUGGUACAGCUUGUGUAUGUGUGCACGUGUGAGAGUGAUCCCAUUUGUAAAUCUGAUAGAUGUUAAUCGACAGAAUUUGUAUUAUGGAUCAUAGUCAAGAAAAGAUGUAGCAAUAUGUUCUUGGAUCAUUUUAUCGAGUGACUUUAUUUUUGGAGAAAGGAAA